AUGUCACACAUUAAUCCAAUCAUUGGAAAUGAAGACCCUACAUUUGAAGAUAUGGACCAUAUCAUCCACAUAGAUGAGAAAUGGUUCUAUCUCAAUCCAGAUAAAAGGAGAUUUUAUCUCCUUCCAAGUGAAGAAGAUCCACAUAGAGUUCAACAAUCAAGAAGAUUGAAACUCAAGGCAAUGUUUAUGGCAGUAGUGGGGAAGCCAUUGUAUGACACACAUGGGGUAUUGCUACAUGAUGGGAAAUAUGGCAUGUUUCCUUUUACAGUGAAGGAUCAGGCAAAGAAAUCAAGCAAAAACAAGCCUGUAGGAACAUGGGAAACCAAGGCAGUCCAAAAUGUGAAUAGAGAGUGGGACAAUGUAAGGCCACACCAGAUACCAAGAGAUGAAGAAUUCAUUGCAGCAACAACAGCAAAUGGAUUCAACAUUCAACUAGUGUUUCAGCCACCACAGUCACCAGAUUUGAAUGUGCUAGACUUAAGGUUGUUCAGGUCUAUUCAGUCACUGCAAUACCAAUCAUUUCCUAGCAACCUAGAUGAGCUAGUGGAGAAGUUGAUUGAGUGUUAUGAAACAUUCAAACCAGAGGUGAACAAAUACAUAUGGAUAACUUUGCAAAAGUGCAUGAUCAUGAUAUUGCAGGCAGAGGGGGGUAACAAGUACAAAAUUCCUUACAUGAACAAAAAGAAGCUUGAAAAUUUAGGAAUUUUGCCAGACAAGGUUGAGGUGCAAAGGGACAUAGUGCUAGGGAGUGUAGAGUACCUAAACACAAUGUUUAGGCCAGCAACUCAAGGGACUCAAGAAGCAGAAGAAGAUAUGGAGGUGGAUGCAGAUUAG